CAAUGGCAACACUUCGUGAAUUUAUUAUCCAAUUACAAAUUAAAGGUGGAGGAAUUAAAACUUCAACAAAAACCCGAUGGUCAACUAUAUAUGAUUGUUGUGAAUCUAUAUACAGAUUACAUUCUGUUUUUGAUAAAAUUUUAAAUGAAAAACCAAAUAUUUUAAAUGGAAAUUCAACAUUAGCUGAUUGUUUUUUUCAUAUAUGUUGUCUUGGAUCUUCUCUUUAUCAUAUUCCUGCAACUACAAAUGAUAUGUAUCAAAAUUUUCAUGAUUAUAGUUUUAAAAAAUUUAAUGAUAGAUGGAAAGAGUUAGAUCAUAAAACCUUUGUUUUGGCAUAUUUCUUGCAUCCAGUAUAUCGUGGUAAAAAAAAUUGUCAUUAUGCUUGUGAACUAAUUCAACAAAUGGGAUUUGGUCCUGAUGCUAUUACAGUAAUAGUAUCACAAUUUAGAAA